AUGACAAAUGAAGAUCAUGCAGCUGCUAGCCACGAGUCCCAACAAAACACACUGUACUGCUUCAUGGAUGGAAUAAACCCCGAUUCCACAGCCGUCAAACGCCAUGCCAUGAACAAUCAUAUCCAUCGGAAGCGCGCUGGCGAACUAAAAUCCCAAGGUGGCCAUGAAUCUAACCACAAGACUCCUAAAUGCCGAAAUCGACGGAUAGGAUCACGAAAACGAACGCAAAAGCCGACAUUACCCAAACGGACUCGUAAAUCCACAUCCUCCGAUUCCCAAAAGCAGAACCCCCAAGAUACGGCCAAACAAGGGGCGGCGGGCCGACUGGAAAGUAUUGACAAAGAUGAGCCGAGUGUUCACGAUACUGACGGCGUGACGCGCUUUGAAGAAUUAGAUAGUACGGAAGCCAUUCACCAGAUGAGCCAAACAAGUCCGCGCGGCUAUAUUUUGAUAAAUCCAGCGCCUCAAAGUCACCAAGAUACUGGGGACGAGAGUCAGUGGAACUUGAUCGUUCACUCUUCUCAGGGAAGUAUAAACUACUCCAGAAACUCUGACUUUUCUUUAAAAACGUCGCCCUUCCCACGGUCAUCGUCUUCGCCUUCGCCCUCCCAGCAGUGUUUGCUUGGAGCUACAUGGAGAGACCCGUUUAAUAGCCUGCCCAUGAAACUGUCGGAAAGGGAAGAGCAAUUAUUCCAUUUUUAUGUCAACGUCAUGCCUGCUUGCUCCUACGGAUUCAAUGUCCUUCCUCGCCAUGCGCAUAACUGGUAUAAUGAUGUCUUUGUACCAGAGGCUAUGAAAGAAGCGAUAUGUUUCCAAAACACGAUCCUUGUUCAUGCUGCAAAUACACAAGCUUGGGUCAGUGGACUGGACGAGACGGCUGAAUCGAUCGCCCACCGUGAUAAAGGCAUUAAAGCCUUGCUAAGACACCGCAUCAACCGCCCGGAUGAUUUCUCAGACCCUGUCAUCUCUGCAACCCUGAGUGCAGCCGCAGUGGACGAUUUCGACCCAAGAGCAGAGCGUAAGGAGCCAAGCUGGUGGCACAUGCGUGCGGCCAUGGAGAUGAUUAGGAGAAGGGGUGGACCGACAGCAUUUAGGCACAACCGGCGAAUGGCCAUGUUAAUCAAUUGGUCUGAUUAUAUCUUUUCGGGGUUUUCAACAGAUACAAGGGUCUCGUCCUUUUAUUUCGGGCCGGCUUCGUUGAAAUCGACGUCCUUAUCCAAUUCAGGUUUUUCAGCAACUCGCUCGGCUGACAUUCCAAAUCGCCAAUCAAACUCAGCUCCGCCCCCUUCCUUCAAUCCAAUCAGCGAAAUCGAGGCUCAAUGCGAAGUUUUCCUUGAUUUUCUUUAUCGAUCCGAGCGGCUUGCCAUUCGUAGCAGAUUUUCACUCUCCGCAGCAGCUACUCCUGGACGCUCCAUAGCCUUUGGACCAGGUUCUCUCCUUUUCAAAAUACUAUCAUCUCCGAUAGGGCCACGAUAUUCUAUUCCUGGUGAGCGGAAACAGAUCAUAUCUCGCCUCGCUGCGCUCAUGAUGAUUAACGCUGCACUGUGGGAUUGUCGACUGCUCCCAGGAAGGAGCGAUAGGUUUCUCCGGGGUUUAUCGAUGAAGUUGGUCGAAAAGGGGGUGGAUUUGAACGAGUCUGUCGAAGCUUUACUGCAGAUUCUCUUAGCUUCUGAUGAUACGUUUGGCUUCGCAGAACUUCAGCGGGAAGAGGAAGAAGAAGAAAGGAAUGAUAGCAAUGUAAUCUUGGACGGUGAAACCGGUCGAAACGUAACGAUACGCGAGAUUAAAUCGAGUAUCGAUCCCUAUGAACGGCCAUGGUUCGUGGGGCGCAUGCUUAAGAUCGCGAAGCGAUUGGAUUUAACAUCGUGGUCAACGCUGAAUUUGAUGCUUCUUUCCUUUUUGACUCUGGAGGUUAGCGGUCCCAAGGUGGCGCCUUGGGAGCCUUCGCUGAAAAGAGAGAUUUUGUCGGCACCGAUGACGAUGUAUAUCAUGCCAAUACUGCGGACCUAG